AUGUGCUCGCCGAUCUCGGGAUUCAUCGCCGAGGCGGUCCUACAGCGGUUGGAGUCGCUGGUCUUUCAAAACCACAGACCGAAAUUCUGGGCUCGGUAUGUGGACGAUACCUUCGUCGUCAUCGAACGGGAUCAGGUGCUAACGUUCAAAGAACGUCUCAACAGCGUCUUCCCGGACAUACAAUUCACGAUGGAGGAGGAAGAGAAUAACCAGCUGGCAUUCCUUGAUAUCCUCGUCUGUCGCAAAGAUUGUGGUGGCCUAAAGACCAAAGUGUUCAGAAAAGCAACGAACACGACGCAAAUUCUGAACUUCAACAGUAACCACCCAAUCUGCCACAAACGCAGUUGCGUAAGAACGCUAUUUCGGCGUGUUGAAACGCAUUGCAGUGAACCGGAAGACAAGGUUGCCGAAUCCCAAUAUCUUCGACGGGUUUUCCGAGAAAACGGUUACCCGCGCAACUUCGUCAACCAGUGCUUGCGCAAACGAGACGAGCGACAAAAUCGCGCCGACCCCAAAUUCUGGCGAGCGAUCCCGUACAUCAAGAACGUCUCCGAGGCCGUUAGCCGCCUUCUUGCACCACUUGGGGUUGGAGUUGCGCACAGACCGGAGGCCACCAUGAGGCGUCAAGUGAUGAGACCAAAAGACCCACUGCCACGGCAAGAAACAUCUGGAGUCGUUUACCGGAUCUGGUGCAGUUGCGGACAAAGCAACUACGUCGGAGAAACUGGAAGACUGCUCCAGACGCGAAUUGCUGAACACGUGGCAGCUGUACGGAGAAAUGACGCCAACUCUCAGGUCGCGGCCCAUUCGACGAGACCCGGCCACACAUUCAAGUUCGAUGAGGCCGAAAUUCUCGCGAGAGGGGAUAAUCGUGUGAGCCGUGAGUUGCUUGAGUCAUGGUUCACGAGACGUCAAUCAAUCAAUAAGUGCAACGACAUGCCCACUCCAUACUGCGUGCUGAGGCAUAGGCUGGCCAAGGUAAUUGACCACUCGGGGCGCAUGCAAGCCGGUGAGCCAGAUGGCCGAGCAAUCAUCACGCCAGCAUUCAACACAGGUGAUGACAUUUCGGCAAGUAACAACUUUCAUGCCGGCCAGCAAGCAAUUAGCGCACCAGCGGGCAACGAUCCUUCAUGA